CACAAACAUGGCGGCCGCGGCUUCAGGCUCCGCCCCUCUUAGGAGACACAUGGCGGUGGGCGCUUCAGCUCGAGUGUGGAAGGAGACGUGUCCAGGAAGCGGAGGAUGGCGAGGAAGAAGCGGGAGAAGCUGAGCGUGGCUCGGGAGAUUGACGGCGUUGAGGAGCGACUGGAGUCCUGCAGGAACGGCCUGGAAGACGUGGACUACAAACUGCGCAAACAUGAGCUGUCAGAGGAGGGGAGGAAAUUGUUAGAGAAAGAGAAGAAUUCUCUCACCAACAAAAUGUCUAAUUAUGAGAAGGAGCUGAAAUCCCUACGACACGAGAACCGUAAGAACGCGGCGCUGUCCUUCGGCCUCUUCUUCCUCGCAGCGCUGGUGUAUUAUUUCUGGACCAUGUGACCUGCGGCUGAGCUGCACCGGUGAUGUCCGCCUGCCUGCUGACGGGCUCCAGUCUGAUUCUGCUGGAGCCAUCACUGUGAGGACAAUGCAGAUUAUUUGUUUUCAUACAUUUCUAUAAAAAAUAAAAUAGUUUUCACAGAC